AUGCCCCAUCUCCCAUCCGUGGACGCCGAGCCCGGCAACCUCGAAGACUUGGUCUUCCCUCCCGUCACCAAAGACCACAUCCAGAACUGCUCCUACGACUCCUGGUUCCCGCGCUACCGCAGCUCAUGUAUCAAGUCACGCAUCAUCCCGCUCCCGCAGAGCGCGGUGUCAUACCUCCAAGAGGACGGCAUCGUCCUGGCAGACGACGAUGAGGCCGAGGGAGGAGAGGUAGAGGAGGAGUGGCAUUCUUCAUGGGCCACGGGAGCGGCACAGCGGCCGCAACUUGACCGUGCGGACGACUCGGAUGAUGAUGAGGCCGACGAGCCAGAGCGCCUGCCCCCGAACAAGAGGUUCCCCGAGACGCACCAACUCAUCAAGGACAAGAUCGCAGAGCUGGGCGGCGCGGUGGCGCCCAAGCUCAACUGGUCAUCGCCCAAGGACGCCAAAUGGAUCUCACCGCAUCAGAAUACACUCAAGUGCACGACCCCCAACGACAUCUAUCUCCUGCUCAAGUCGUCCUCCUUUGUCUCGCACGACUUGACGCACGCCUUUGACGGUUGUACCGCCGCGCCUCCCUCCCGUCCGCUCGCCCCGAUUCUCGUGCUGCGGCCCUUCUUCAACCCCCACGUGGCGCUCGAGUUCCGCUGCUUCGUCAAGCACCGCGCCCUCAUCGGCAUCGCCCAGCGCGACCUCAACUACUACGCCUUCCUCGAGCGCCGGAGGCCCAGUAUCUGGCGUAAGAUUCGCCGCUUCUUCCAUGACAAGCUGCGCCUCACCUUCCCGGACGCCAGCUUCACCUUUGACGUCUACCUCCCGGAGAGCUCACUGGCGGAGGAUGGCUUGGGUAACGUGCGGCUAAUGGACAUUAACCCCUGGGCGCCGCGGACGGACUCGUUGCUCUUUUCGUGGCAGGAGCUGCUAGACGCCGAGGUCAAAGAUCCGCUGUACGGAUCAGUCCCUUCAGGUGAGGCCGCAGCAGACGUAAGCGACGACGAGGAGGACCAGGUCGAGUACAGCCCCGACGUGGCGCCGGAGCUGCGUCUCAUAGAGAAGAACGACCCCGCUGCGUUUAACUUCAGCACGUCGCAGUACUCGGCGCACAAGCUACCCAAGGAAGUGGUGGACGCAAGCAUGGGUGGUGAAGGCGGGCUCCGCGAGUUCGCGCAGCAGUGGAAGGACAUCACGGAGGGCCGGGGAGGAGACAUGUGGAACCGGCCCGGGGGUUCGGGUGCGUGA